AUGUCCAUCAGGGCGUCUGUGACAGAACGAACAGAGGAGGUGCCCCUAGCUGACCUGCAAGUCAUGCUGGAGGAUGCAGUGCGCCAGGAAGACUACCAGGCUGCCGCAGAGCUGCGAGACGAGCUCAUGUACGCCCCUGCCUGGCAUCAGUAUCAUCCUCACCUCAUCCAAGUGCACGUGCUGCAGGCGAUGAAUGACAUCUGGGGCCAAGGAGAGCACGUGCAGUGCAUACACCCCGCUGCAGCAUGCAUCGCCGGGCGGCAAAAUGUGAUGGAGAGCUGGAGGGUGAUUCUGAGAGGGGCGCCGAUGACUAUAAGCCUAGAGGAUGUGCGCGUCUAUGCUGGCGAUGCUGCCGCUUACGUGACCUGCAUUGAAGUCAUGGAUGCUGGCGACAGCCGCGGCAGGGACUCAGACAAGGAGAACUGA